UCAUGGUUUGGCAAAGGACGACCUGAGUUGAUGGUUGAAUGCUCUUGUCUGUGUUGGUGCGUAAAGAGUGUUUGCGCAUCCCUAUCGGCUGUAUCGUCUUUUCGCAUUGCGGAUGGGAGGUAAAAUACACGUUUUAGCAGGUUUCCAAAAUCAGUGAUGCAAACAGAGCCUGAUAUAUCCUUGCUCCGAUGAGGAGCCGGAGGCUACUGUAUUUGGCUCUGACUGGGAGAUGCACGCAGCACUAAACUCUCCACAUGCAGCGUCUGGAGAAUGCGGACAAGUGCUCUGGGCAUGGUUGGGAUUAAAUGGACGGAUGUCCUUUGCAAUACCUGUUGAGGAGUGUGUGAACAUAUAUUAUCAUUUCGCGCGAUGCGUUUAAACGAUGCCGCACUGCUUUGCAAAUGUUCCACAAUUCAAGUAGAGGACUCUUUGCCUUUCUGCUGAUGCUGUUGGAGUGGACCAAACCAGGGCUAUCUAACCCCCUGCGCCCGAUCUGUGACCUGCGGGUCCUAAAACACUUCAUUGAAGAGGCCAGAGAUGCUGAGGCAGCCAUGCUGGCAUGUAAAGAAGGACGUGGUCUUGCAGAGCCCGUCACUGUUCCCCAAACCAAAGUAGACUUCAACGUCUGGGAGAGGAAAACUGCACUGGAGCAAGCUCAGGAAGUUCAGUCUGGCCUGUGGCUGUUAAACCAGGCCAUCGGCUCGCUACGAACGUCCGUCACCAACACAGCGCUGCACAGCCACAUAGACAACAGCCUCAGAAACAUCUUCAGCAUCGGACAGGUGCUGCGCAGCCUCAACAUCCAGGAGUACACCCCUCCAGCAGGGGGCGUGGCUGGAGGUGAGGAGACAUGGCGGGUGUCGUCUGCUUCAGAGCUCCUCCAGGUCCACGUUAACUUCCUGCGAGGCAAGGUGCACCUCUUGCUGUCCAACGCACCCAUCUGCCACCAGGGUAGCAGCUGAUUGGGGCUCUCCAAGGCAGGGCUGAACUGAUUGGAGCUCCCUCUGGCAGGGGGGGCGGGCUCUUACACUAUUGACCCUGCUUGUUGCCAGGUAGAAGUCUAAAAGAGGAGAGCGUGUGGACCAGAUCCUCUCAGGAGAGAAUGAAGCUAUGUGGACAGAAUAGUUCCUAUUGGACCUUUAAAAGAACAAGAGCAGGUAGCACCUUGUGAAUAUUGACAUGAGGGAGGAAUGUGGUGAGGAAGUCAACCACGAAUGGGGCCCAUAUAAUGCACCGCUCUACGGCUCUUCAGUACUGUGUGUGUGUGUGUGUGUGUGUGUGUGUGUGUGUGUGUGUGUGUGUGUGUGUGUGUGUGUGUGUGUGUGUGUGUGUGUGUGUGUGUGUGUGUGUGUGUGUGUGUGUGUGUGUGCUUGCCUGUGUGUUUUAGCAUGGACUGUGAGUUCUCACCGCCAAGCACUGGACAACCCACGUGGAUUGCACCUGAUGACACCUUGUUGGAGUUGUUCUGCACUAUACCUGACUGACAGCAUUGACAGCCUGUCAAAGUCCAGGAGGAGGACUAGCCUAUACCACAAACUUUUAAAACUUCACCGCCCACCUCAUUCUUAACACACAACACUUUUCCAACUGCUGUUUAUUAGUGUCCUUAAAUGAAUUUUAUAUUGCUCUUUGUAAUUACUUAUUUAUAGUUCUACAUUUAAGCUCGACUCACUGUCAUGGCGAAAGUAUUCUGAGAGAUAUACUGUAACUAUGAACUAGAGGCCGCCGUUGGGCACCAACGGUUAAUCAUAAUCACUAUAUAAUGCCACUGAACCGUGUUGUAAAGAUAUUUGUAUACGUCAAUAUCCAACUGUUCACUCCUGUCUGUUACCCUUCAUAGAAUAAAUGAUCUGUGUGUUUGUA